CUCAAAACAGUUUUCUCCUUUAUUUGUCGGUACGAAUUUUCUGCCCGGCCGCACUGCACAACCUCGUGCGUUAACAGAUUACGUUUUAUCACUACUAACUCUAAGUGUUCCGAAAUUGAUAAUCGCUAUUUGCUACACGUCCGCCAGAGGCUAUUUAAACGUAGGUAACAAUAUUUAAAAUUUAAAUAGUUUUUGCCACCUGAUAAUCCAAAGGAAAAAUCAUGGUCAAAUCGGGGCUUAGGAAGUUCACCAAAAAAGAAAAGUCUAAGGUUAAAUUAAAAGUGUCGCACAAAACACUCUUGCCCAAAGGACAAAAUGUGACCGAUACGAAUUUCAAAGUACGCAAGAUCGUGUUGCCCGGUCAGCUCAAAGAACGCGGUGAACACGAGAUACUGUCCAAAGGCAAUUUAAAUAUCAAGGUAUUCAGUUGAAAUUUUGAAUUUAUAAAUUGAAAUGCUAACGUAGGCACAUAAUUCUUGCAGGAACUACUGUCUAGGUUGGGUCACCAUAAUAUGUGGCAGAGACAAUCGGGAUUGGAAGGUCUUAUCGAUUUGGUAGCUUCUUACCCUCCACAAUCUAUGGCUGUUCACUUGUCGUCUUUCUUAGAAGCGGCAUCACGUAUGACACUAGACGGUGAAGCAGACAUACGUAAACUAGCUGUAAAACUACUAACAUCUAUACUGACUGCCGUAAAUGAAGAUCUGAUAGCUCCUUCUUUUGAGAUUGUUAUACGGUAUUUGGCUUGUGCUAUGAGUCAUAUUAAUUCUGCUGUCAGGGAGACGUCUCUUAGUGUGUUAGAUGUCCUCAUAACCAAGAGUCCCAAACUCACAGCUGUCCACUGUCAGGUAUUACAUUUUAUUUUCCUUUAAUUCAUGAAUUUAAACUAAUCAAAUUGUUCUCGUAUGAUUUAGACCGUAGUGUUGCCAGGAUUUUUAGAUUUAAUAUCUUCAAAACUAAGUGACACAAACUCUCGUAAACUUACUGUUCAAAUCAACGAAAAUAUUUCCACAAGUGUUUGGCGAUUAAAAGUAUUGAAUAGUCUGCGUUCUUUGUUAAGUGCUGUCAUUGAAAAUACUAUGCUAGGAUUUAAAAGUAAGCAAUUCUGUAAAUUUAUAGUUGACAAAUUGUUUACAAUUUAUUACAUUACUUAUACCUAUUAGGUAUAAUUAUAUAUUAGAAAUAAUAUUUUUUACAGAAUUAGUAUUAUUUAAUUUCUGUGUGUCAACGCUUGAAUAGAAGUGUAAUAUUUUAACUUAAUAUAACCACUAUUGACUGUGAAAAAUCAUUUUUGAUUAAAAAUAUUUCACUCUUUAAAUCCAAGUUUACUGAAACUAAAAUCUACUGUUUGACUCAUUUUUUUUACAGCCUCUGAUCAGAAUAAAACCGUACAUUGGAAGGAUUCGUGUCGUUUAUAUGUUCCAUUAUAUAAUGCUACAAGUUUAGAGGCAGGUCCUUUAGAUUUCAAUAUUUUUAUGAAAAAUGAAAUGAAAUCAUCAACAACUGAAAUACAAGUUGGUCAAAAUAAUACAAAUAACUUUGCAUUUUAAUAAAUCAUAAUUAUGUUAUGUCUGUUUAAAAAUAAUUUAAAUGUUUAUCUAUCAAUCAAUAGAAACACAUUUUAGAAAUCAAUUACAUUACUUAACAAAUAUCUUUGAUUAUCAUGCUAAUUAAUGUAUUUUUAUUAUAGAAUUAUACAGCCUCACUAAUGCCGCUUUUGUUUGAUACAUUCAUUGAAGUGGCUCCCAGUAAACGAGAACAUAAAAACAGUUCGGAAAUUCCAUUACAAUCUGCAUCAAUAUUAAAAUGCAUUUUAGACAUUAUUCUGUUGUUGUGGAAAAUUUUUCAACAUUCUGACAAUCCUUCAGAAAUGGUGUGUAAAUAAUAUACUAUACAAAAUGAAUUUAAAACUUUUAACCACAAACAUGUGUAACAGUUUAUUUUACAUUUUAUACUAUUUAUAAACUUGAUAUGUGUUUUAACAAUAUUGUUAUGGUUUGAUUUCAUUUUUCAGAUGAGUUCGUUCAGUGAAAAUUAUGGUGUCAAAAUAUGUCAAACAUUUCUAUCAUCAGGUUUUCCGUAUGUGACACUCAACAGUGGUGGUGGUACUUCAAAUAAAACUAAAAAGAAUAAAACUGACACAGAUGUAAUCUUAGAUUUAUUUGGUGAUAGUAUUACACAAUCUGAUGGAAAAUGUUCAAAACAAAAUAUGGACUUAUGUCUUAUAUAUUUUUUACUUAGUAAAUAUAAGAAAUUACCCAUACCAGUCAAAACUAUAUCUGCAUAUUUAAACGGUACAUUCUACAAUACAAAUAAGCUACAAUGUAGUUAUUAUAAUAAUUGCAAUAAUUUUAAUUUUCCAUAAUUUUUAGAUUGUUUAUGUUCAUAUAAAUCAAUUGAUCAUCAAUCAUUUGUUAUCUUAAUGCGAUGUCUUGAAACUGUGUCAGAUAACAAUGAAGUAAUCAAAUCUAAAGAUUCGUUUGACCUAAAUUCUGUUGUAGAAAAAUUAGUUGAUAUUCAUAAUGAAAUGGUAGCUACUGAUACCCGUCAUCGACAUGAAAAAACUAAAUUAGUGUUCAAUUACUUGUGUACAAUUGCAUCUAAACCUCAUUUGAAAAUUGCCGAUCAGUAAGUUAAAAAGAUUUGAUAAUAAUUAUUUUGUUUACUCACCAAGUCAGUUAAUAGUAUUAUAAAUGAAUGAAUUUGUUACAUUUUCUUUCAGGGUUGAAGAAUUUAGUAGUUGGUUGACUUUAUUACCAGAAUUCUUGUGCCAACGCAAAGUACCAUAUUAUUUAGUGAAAGCUCUAUCAAAUGUAGCGAGAUAUAAUUUACCACAAUUUACUAAAUCACUGUAUAUACUUAAGCCAGCAAUAUUGGGUAAGCAUUUCAAAAUUUAAUGUGUACCAAUACUUUUUCUCUCUCUCUCUUUCUCUUGGUUACAAACCUAAGAUUGGUUUGCAGACAAUUUUCAUUUGCACAUAUGAAUCACAUCCUUGGUUCCUUAUUAAUUGUUGAAUAUACUCUAAUCUUGGCCUUCCUCUAUGAUUUCUUCCUUCCACACAUCCUUCUAUAAUUAAUUUUAAUAAUCCUACAUGCCGAAUUGUAUAUCCUAUACAUUCAUUCUGUCUUUUUACUAUACUUUUUCAUAGUAGCUUUUCUUCUGACAUUCUUUCAAGAACCUUGUUAGUUAUUUUGUCCAUCCAGCUUAUUUUUUUCAUCCUUCUAUAGCCCCACAUUUCAUAUGCUUCCAGUCUUCUUUCUUUUUCCACCGAUAUCGUCCAGGUCUCACUUAUAUAGGUUACAGAGGUCUCUUCUCUGCAUCCUUUAUUCCCACUCUACUCAGCAUGUUGAACAUUACUGUCCAGUCUACCUUAUCAAACGUUUUUUUGAUAUCCACAAAGGCUAUGAAAAAUUGAAAUGAAAUGAAUCUUUUCUAAUUCUUUUCUGAAUGACUUCUUAAUUCCAAUAUUACUUCCCUCAUUCCCAUAUUUUUUCUGAACCCAAAUUAGUCUUUUGACAGCAACUGUUCUAUUUUGGCUUCAAUACGUUGGAAUAUGAUUUUUGUUAAUACCUUUGAGGCAUGCGAUAGCAAGAUAUUGGUACGGAAUUAUUCACAUUUUUUUGCUGCUGCUUUCUUUAGAAUGGGUAUAUUUAAUAUUUUCAUAAUCCUAAGGUAACUCCUCUGUAUCAUAAAUAUAUUUGAUAAUUUAAAAUAAUUUGUUUUGAUCUUUUUUUCCAAACUCCCUCCAAAGUUCUGCUUGUAUUCCAUCAACACUUACUAUUUUUUAUUCUUUAGAUUUAGUAUGUGCUAUUACUAUAUACAUAAAUACAUGUUUUUUAGAAAAUGUUGAUAUUGUACCGGACAACAAAGCUGACAAGAUGAACGGUCAAACAUUAUUGAAAGAUAUGAUGUAUACACAAUUAGAUUGGGAAAAAGAAAUUGGACUUGUUGGAUAGAGCAUUAUCUUGUGAAAAUGUAUACAAUAUGUUAGUUUUUUUAUUGAAAUUGCAUGUAAUAUAUGUGGAAUAUUUAUUUUUAAUUGAUUGUAUAAUUUAAUAGCAAUGUUUUUAUAUAGAUUUGAAUGAAAAAUAUUCUUUAACUCUAGAUUUCUGAUACUUCUUUUCCAUAGUCAUUACUAAGUGCUAAUUAAAAUUACAAUUCUUUUAGCAUUCUUCUUAUAUAAGUUCCUAUUUCUUUUGGACAAUGGGUAUUAUAUUCACAAUGUUGUUCCUGUCCAGUGAUGACCGAAAUAAAUCAUUUGAUGUUUUAUUACACCAAUUUUGAAGAUUCUUCAACUAAGAUGUUCAUGUUCUUCAUUCAUUUACACUUCUUUUUCCUUCAAUAUUUCCUUGCAUUACAAGCUGGAAUAUUUUGUAUCAUUGAUUAUUCCGCAUGAUGUAUCUCAUGUAUUCUAGCUUCCGAGCUUUUAUUGUUGUUAAUAGUUUCUUUUCUUUCCCCAACCUUUUAAAUACCCUUUGAUUAGUAAUAAGAGCUAUCUAUGUAAUUUUUAACAUUCAUCUUUCUAACCACAUUUUAAAAACCUUGAUUUUUUGCAUCUUAACUUUAUUAGUGUCUAGAUUUUCAAUCCAUAUAAUUAUAUAUAUAUAUAUAAAUAUAAUACAGAAAAUACAUAACAUCUUAACAGUCUGAGUUUUAUACUAAAAGACAGAUUGUGGCGCUUGAAUAUUUUCAACAUUUUUUCAAAAUGCUUUACUAGCUCUUUCAUUUCUACAUUUUAUUUCUACUAAAUGAUCUUAAUCUUCAUUUAUUGUUGUUCUAAGGUAAAUAAAUUUAUUAAUUUGCUUUAUACGUUGAUUUUAAAUUUUGAGUGGAAUGAAGAAAAUUAUGGUUCUAUAAAGAUGUUUAUUUUUUAUUUUUUUUUUGUGGACAACUUUUCUACCAUAAAUUUUACUCAGAUUAAAAAUUAUAUCACUUUCUGAAAGGAAAUCUAACUAGUAUGGUACUUUAGAGAGAUCAUUUUUUGAUUUUCUUAGGCAUUUUCUCAAUGUGUUAGAAAAACCGAAAAAAGGUUAGCAAUGGUUUAUCAUUGCUUACAGGUAUACAUUAAAUUUCAAUUUAUAUCCUACCUUUUCAACUUCCCAACUACAAGAGUGGCUACACUCACGGGCGAAGUAUGUCUGUCUUUUAAAUUAUUAAAUGCCCUUCUAUGUUAUUAUUAUUAAUUUUGUUUUCAUUGUAUUUAAGGUCAAGCCAUAUCACUUGCUCACUUCUAUCACUAUCCACUAAGUAUUGUAAUGUAACAAUGUUAGGUACUUAUUUGUAAAAUCAACAUAUCAUAACCUAAUAAUAUUUAAAAAAUUCCCAGUUUACUUAUAUUGCUAUUUUCAAUAUUUUCUAGAACUUCAUGAAAGACAUACACCGAAUAUAUAUUAAAUAACAGUGGUGAUAAAACACAACACUCCUCACUUAAUUAAAACAUCCUCUGGGAGUUCUCCAUCAAUCAAUGCACAUUACUGCUAUUUGAUUCCAAUACAGAUUACUUAUUAUUCUCAAGUUUCCUUUAUCCACUCCAAAUCUAAUUAGUAGUUCUAUAAAUUUGUCAUGUUCUAACAUUGAAUUUACAAAAAUAACACACUUUUCAUUAUUAGAUACAUUUUUAUCUGAAUACUUUUAUUAUGGUUCAUUGAAUUUUGAAUCACCGUUUUGUUUUGAUUCAAUGUUUUUGAAAACUAACAAAAUAACAUGGUUUAAAAAAUGGUCACUGUUUAUAAGACAGGAUAUAUUAUAAUUAUUUAGUUUGCAUACUAUGUGCAACAAUAAUUCAUUAGAACCAAAAACGAUAUUGAGUAAAGUUCUGUCAAAUAGUUUUUAUUAAAUUCAAGUUAAAAUUGUAUUAAUUUAUAACUAAUUAAAAAUUACUACAAUAGUUCAUGUUUUUAACAAAUAAAUAACCUAUCAUAAUAAGGAAUAAAUAAUCUUUAAAUAAUAAUUUUCAAAUUGUAUAUUUGAAAUGUUUUGAAAAAACGAAAUUAUAACAGCAGAUUUUAGAUAUUAUGAGUAAUAUUACUACAACUCAAUAAUAUAUGAGGUACCUUGUAUCAAAUUUUUGAGCAUUUAUACCAAACCAAAAUGAAACUAAAAACCUCAAAUACCAUGUCUAUGAUAAAAAUAAGAACAGAAAAAAAAUAAAAAUUGAAAUUAACAAAAACUAUAAUUGUGUAGCUGUUUUGUUCUUUUAGGUUAUUAAUACACGUCUAAUGAAAACCAAAAUGCUUACUGGACAAUAUUUUCUAACAGAAAUCAUCACUGAAGUUGAUAACUGGAGAAAAAUUUUCCGGACAGAAAAAAAUAUUACUUAAACCUUCAAUUUCCUCAGAGCCUAAAAAAAAGUACACUAAAUUAAU